AUGAACCCUCUUCUGAUCCUGGCUUUUGUUGGAACAGCUGUUGCUUUCCCCACUGAUGAUGAUAAGAUCAUUUGGGGCUACACUUGUGAGGCAAACAGCCUUCCCUCCCAGGUGUCCCUGAAUUCUGGCCAACAUAUCUGUGGCGUCUCCCUCAUCAAUGACGAGUGGGUGGUUUCAGCUGCUCAUUGUUACAAAUACCAACUGCAGGUGAGACUGGGAAAACAUAACAUAGAAGUCCUUGAGGGAAAUGAAAAGUUCAUUGAUCCAGAAAAAGUCAUCCUCCAUCCAAGGUACAACAGUCAGAUUAUGGAUAAUGACAUCAUGCUGAUCAAGCUGAAAACCCCAGCUAUCCUCAACAGUCUUGUGGCUUCCAUCUCUCUGCCUACGUCCUGUGCACCUGCAGGCACUGAGUGUCUCAUUUCUGGUUGGAGCAACACCCUGGGUUUUGGUGUUGACUACCCAGACCUUCUGCAGUGUUUGAAUGCUCCCAUUCUGUCUGAUACCCAAUGUAAGUGCUCCUAUCCUGGUCAGAUCACAGAAAAUAUGGUCUGUGCUGGCUUCCUGGAGGGUGGCAAGGAUUCCUGCCAGUUAGACUCAGGUGGCACUAUGUUUUGUAAAGGAGAGGUCCAAGGUAUUGUUUCCUGGGAUGCUGGUUGUGCCCUGAAGAAUCAGCCUGGUGUCUACACCAAAGUCUGUGAGUAUGUAGAAUGGAUCGAGACAACUAUUGCUGCCAACAGUUAA